GCUCGCUCUGGGCGUCCGCAACAAGUGGCCGCCGCGCCCUCCCCGGGGAAGCAGUGGGAGCGCAGGGGCGCCCGGAGAAGGCGGCCGAGCCCGGGGAGCCCCGGCCGCCCCGACAGCCACCGCAGGGAGGUUGGGGGGAUCGCGGCGGGCGGAUGGGGACCCGGCGGCGGCGGCGCGGCGAGCCUCUGGGCGGCCCCGGGGCGCGGGCUCUCCGCGGCGCUGUGCCCGCCCGCCCCGAGCGCGGAUUCUAAGUGCUGUGGCUGUCCCCGACCCCGCCCCGCGGAAUCCGGGGGUGCAAGCAAGGGGACUGAGCACCCCCUCCCACCGGAGUGCCGGGGCCGCCCCCGGCGGGAGAUCGGCUGCGGAGCGUGGGGUAUGUGCAGCUAACGGUCCCGUCGGACGGGCUUUCCUCUCCGGAGCGCGCAGGCGGUGCGCCCCAGCUAUGGAGUGUCCCGGGAGACGGCGGGCAUGACGGCGGCAGGAUGGGCGCGAACAAUGGCAAACAGUACGGCAGCGAGGGCAAAGGCAGCUCAAGCAUCUCAUCCGACGUGAGUUCAAGUACAGAUCACACGCCGACCAAAGCACAAAAGAAUGUGGCUACCAGUGAAGACUCCGACCUGAGCAUGCGCACAUUGAGCACGCCCAGCCCGGCCCUGAUCUGUCCACCGAAUGUGCCCGGAUGUCAGAACGGAAGGGGCUCGUCCACCUCCUCGUCCUCCGUCACCGGGGAGACGGUGGCCCUGGUCCACUCCCCGCCCCCCACCCGGCUCACCCACCCGCUCAUCCGGCUCGCCUCCAGACCCCAGAAGGAGCAGGCCAGCAUAGACCGGCUCCCGGACCACUCCAUGAUCCAGAUCUUCUCCUUCCUCCCCACCAACCAGCUGUGCCGCUGCGCCCGCGUGUGCCGCCGCUGGUACAACCUGGCCUGGGACCCCCGGCUCUGGAGGACUAUCCGCCUCACGGGCGAGACCAUCCACGUGGACCGCGCGCUCAAGGUGCUGACCCGCAGGCUCUGCCAGGACACCCCCAAUGUCUGUCUCAUGCUGGAAACGGUGACUGUCAGCGGCUGCAGGCGGCUCACGGACCGUGGGCUCUAUACCAUCGCCCAGUGCUGCCCAGAGCUGCGGCGGCUGGAAGUCUCGGGCUGCUACAAUAUCUCCAACGAGGCCGUCUUUGACGUGGUGUCCCUCUGUCCCAACCUGGAGCACCUGGACGUGUCAGGGUGCUCCAAAGUGACCUGCAUCAGCUUGACCCGGGAGGCCUCCAUUAAACUGUCCCCCUUGCAUGGCAAACAGAUUUCCAUCCGCUACCUGGACAUGACGGACUGCUUCGUGCUGGAGGACGAGGGCCUGCACACCAUCGCCGCGCACUGCACCCAGCUCACCCACCUGUACCUGCGCCGCUGCGUCCGCCUCACCGACGAGGGCCUCCGCUACCUGAUGAUCUACUGCACGUCCAUCAAGGAGCUGAGCGUGAGCGACUGCCGCUUCGUCAGCGACUUCGGCCUGCGCGAGAUCGCCAAGCUGGAGUCGCGCCUGCGGUACCUCAGCAUCGCCCACUGCGGCCGCGUCACCGACGUGGGCAUCCGCUACAUCGCCAAGUACUGCGGCAAGCUGCGCUACCUCAACGCGCGGGGCUGCGAGGGCAUCACGGACCACGGCGUGGAGUACCUCGCCAAGAACUGCGCCAAGCUCAAGUCUCUGGACAUCGGCAAGUGCCCGCUGGUCUCCGACACGGGGCUGGAGUGCCUGGCCCUGAACUGCUUUAAUCUCAAGCGGCUCAGCCUCAAGUCGUGCGAGAGCAUCACCGGGCAAGGCGUGCAGAUCGUGGCGGCCAACUGCUUUGACCUGCAGAUGCUGAACGUCCAGGACUGCGAGGUCUCCGUAGAGGCCCUGCGGUUUGUAAAGCGCCACUGCAAGCGCUGCGUCAUCGAGCACACCAACCCCGCCUUCUUCUGAAGGGACAGCUUCCGCCCGUUGUUAUUUUCAUAUGAACGUGAACGAAACAAAAUGUUGAAAGGAAAAAAAAAAAAAGCAGCCUAUGUAAGCACAGGACACCCACCAUGACAGCUAUUUCUU